CAAGUACUGCUCCCACCUUCUUCCCCACCGAUUCAUAAUUCCUACUUUUCUCCUUCCCUCUCAGAUCUCAAAAUUUCCCCCAAAAACCCUCUGAUCAUGGAAGCUCUCAUCUCCCAGUUCACCUUCCUCUCCGAUCAAGCUCUACGCGACAAGAAUUUCGAUCCCUCCACCAUUGAAGACCUUAUGAAGCUCUUCGAGAUCGAAGCCUACAAGUCCUGGGCCGCCAGCGAGCUUCAACUCCAGAACGAGGCUCAAGAAGCUGAGAUCGCGAUGCAGAAGGCUGAGGAUUAUCUCGAUUCUGUUAUGGAAGACGCUAUGGAUGAGUUCAGAAGGUUCGAGGAGGAGUUCGAUCGGAUGGCUGAAGCCGAGCUCCAGGAACUCGUGGACAAAUCUGAGAAGGCUCGUAAGAUGGGUAGUUUGAUGGAGAAGGCUGCGGCGGUUGCUUCCAAAAGGUACAUGGAGGCGGCUAUGAACUCCGCUACCGCUUCCAUGAGAUCCGCUUGGAAGGCCAUUUCGUCCAAUAAGGUUCAUCCGUCCUGAGGUAAUUAUUACUUGCUUUCCAUUUCUUGUUCGAUUGAAAUCUAUUUAGGUUUUCAAUAUCGACUCUCUGGAAAUUUGGAUCAAAUCCUUGUAUUCUACUGUAAAAUUAAGGCAUAAAUAGCUACAAUUCUAUACUUAAAUUCAUCAAGCCUCCUAGAUAUGAGUACUCUGUUUAAUAGA